AUGGCAACAAUCCAUCCGUCGGCAUCGUUCGAUGAGGAUCAUGCGGCUGAGGCGUUGGAAAGGGCGAUGAGGGGCUACGGGACCGAUAAACAGAAAGUGAUCGACAUCCUCGUCAAAUGCAACAAUGCUCAACGACAAAUGAUUCGAACCCCAUACAAAGUUCGGUACGGGAAAGAUCUUGAAAACGAGUUAAGAAGAGAGCUGUCUGGUGAUUUGGAGGACGUCAUCUUGGCGCUUAUGCAAACUCCCACAAAACGCGACGUGUUGGACCUUCACAGGGCCAUGAAGGGUUUUGGUACCGAUGAAAAAGUUCUGAUCGAAAUCCUCGCCUCACGUUCCAAUGAGGAAAUCCGUGCUAUAAGGUUAGUGGCGCUCCUUGUAAUCGUUUAG